GCCGCGAAAUCGUGCUCCCCAACCCAAGCGCGCUAGCACUCCAGCAAAACCUCGUUCCGAUCCGCGGGACGGUAAGCGGGCGGGAUCAUGUCCCGGAAGGUCCUAACGGUCCUGCUGCCUCUGCUGCUCUGUAUCAUCGCCCUUGCGGGCCUCCUGAUGCUCAGCAUCCCUAUCAGGGAUGUCCGGGAUCCACCCUCCUACAAGUAUGGCAUAGUCCUAGAUGCUGGUUCUUCCCACACAUCUAUGUUUAUCUACAAGUGGAUAGAGGAAAAGGAAAAUGGCACAGGCAUCGUGAGCCAGCACAGCAUGUGUGAUGUACAUGGUGGUGGUAUCUCCAGUUAUGCAGACAAUCCGGUAAAGGCAGGUGAAAGCCUUCUGGAAUGUCUCAGCCAAGCCCUGAAAGAUGUGCCCAAGAAAAGACAUUCAUUAACUCCCCUCUAUCUGGGCGCCACUGCAGGCAUGAGACUUCUGAACUUGACCAAUCCAGCCGCUUCAGCCAGUGUCCUUUCAUCAGUGAAGGAUAUGAUAAGCAAAUUCCCCUUUGACUUCCGAGGGGCCCGGAUUUUGUCUGGCCAGGAUGAAGGAGUCUUUGGCUGGGUCACUGCCAACUAUCUCUUGGAGAAUUUCAUCAAGCAUGGCUGGGCAGGGGAUUGGUUUCGACCAAAGCGGGGAACUCUGGGGGCCAUGGACCUAGGUGGAGCAUCCACACAGAUCACCUUUGAGACAGACAGCCAGAUUGAGGAUCCUGCCAAUGAGGUCAGGUUGCAGCUCUAUGGCAAGAGCUACAGAGUCUACACUCACAGCUUCCUGUGCUAUGGUAGAGACCAAAUGCUUAAGAAGUUACUGGCUGGUGUGCUUCAGAGACAUAGUUCGCACCCCUGCUGGCCUGCAGGCUAUUCAGCAAAAGUCUUCCUGAAGGAUGUGUACAGCUCACCUUGUACUUCAGCCCAGAGACCCGCAGACUAUGAUGACAUUGCUGAGGUGACCCUUUCUGGGAGUGGAAAUCCUGUCCUCUGCCAGCGGCUUGUUUCAGAUCUUUUCAACUUCUCAUCCUGCUCCUUUUCCCAAUGCUCCUUCAAUGGCAUUUUCCAGCCUCCUGUGACUGGGAACUUCAUCGCCUUCUCUGCAUUCUACUACACUGUGGACUUCCUUCAGAAAGUGAUGAAGCUGCCUGUGACCUCUACAACGGAGCUGAGGACUGCAGCCAAGGCUUUGUGCAAUGAGUCAUGGGAAAAGCUGCUGGAGCUAGCCCCUAGUCAGAAGUCCCGACUGGCAGAUUACUGUGCCUCUGCCACCUUUAUAUAUCAGCUCCUUGUUCAAGGCUACAGAUUUGAUGAACAUACCUUUCCCAGAAUUGCUUUCCAGAAGAAGGCUGGAGACACAUCUAUUGGCUGGGCACUAGGUUAUAUGCUGAACCUGACCAACAUGAUUCCACCCGGCCAGAUACGUUUCCAUAAGAGCACAGAGCAUGCUGUUUGGAUAAUCUUACUUCUGCUUUUCAUCAUGAUCAUAUUUAUUUCCUUGAUCAUGCUUUUUUGGUUUGCUCGACCUUUCAAGACACAAAGUGCCAUCUAAAUUAGUUGCCUGGCUGGGAUGGGUCAGAUCCUGUCCUUUUUAUGGUCCGCAGCACUGCUAUCCCUUCCUAGUGUUCUAAAAACAGCAGGAUUGUCUGCCCUUCCAGCCUAAUUUUUAUCAGAUAGGACAAUUCACUGCCUCUUCCUGGCAUUUGGGGAUGGGGGGUUGUGUUGUAUGGAUGGACUGACUUAGGGAAGGAAGAGACUAGAGCAGAGGAAUAACUUAGGUAACUUGGGUUUUCCCCUCCUCAGCUUGGGGAAAUCUCUUCUCAUUAUUGAGAAGUAUUGUAUGAAAAGUAGAUACUGACAGAGGUGAUAACAAUGAUUCUCACCAAACCUAGCCUAAGGCCUCUAGCGCUAGAGAUCCCUGUAACCCAGAAUGCCUCCCAAACCUUAGUCCAUACAUCUGUCUGACCUGGUAUCAGUAUGGCUUGUUAUGGGCUCGGGGAAACUUCUAGUGAAAGUUUGGGGAAGACACAGCCAGGUAAUUAAUUAGAAGCCCAUAUCUGAUAUGUGUGUCAUGGCGUGGCACAUCCUAACCUUUAGCAAACCCAACUCUCCACCUGAUUCUCUCAUUUGUCCCUUUCCAUCUUUGUCUUGAGCCAGACUCUUUCCUUACUGUGGCCUCUGAGAUUCAGGGAUGACAAUAUUGACUGAACUACUCAGGUAACCCUUUCCUGUGGGAUGGGGAUGAAGUCUAAUCUCUCCAUGGAGGGCAGCAGUCCUGUAUCAUAGAAAAGCAGAUAAGACUUGACUAAUGGAGAGCCUUGGGGUUGGGAAGCAGAGAUUGGACUCAGUGAAAGGGAAAAAUAAAUCCUGGAGAAGAAGCUCCUAAUUUCAAACUCCAGAGAUACCCAGCAUGCAUAUGGUUCUCACUGUGGUACUUGUAUAACUUUGGGGAGAAGGGGGAGAGAAAAAGAGAGAGAGAGAUGCCAUCUUUAUCUCUCUGGGCCUGUCUUGGGAGAGCCAUUGGCAUUCAUUAUUUGUUUUUAAAAAAAUAAGAAAAAAGUUUGUAAUAAAAUAUAUCCUGGAUAACCA